UGUCAGGUCACAAAAAAAAGAAAUGACUACGGCCGCUGGCUGACAUUCACACAUCCGCGCCUCGUAGACAACCUCUGGUACUCCGCCUUCUCCACGCUCUGACUUUUGUAUGACCGCCAGUGAAGACGGAAACACGGUGGUUGUGUACGGUGGAAGGAUCGACCUCAACACAACCCACAAUCCGCCGACCAACUUUACGGGAACAUUUUACACAUUAGAUAUUACCACAGGCAAAUGGAGCCAGGGACCUGAUGGGGGUGUUCGUCUUUACAUGGCCUGCACAAUUGUUGGAAACCAGUUUGUGGCAUGGGGAGGAAGUGGGGGCAGUAGCACCAUCGUGGGUCCGCCUGUGGUCUUUGAUUUGAGUCUGCGUAAAUGGGUCGAGUCCUACACUGCCCCGGCCUACUACCUAAGCACAUCAAUAUCCGCCACUACCAGUGGCCUAGUACCCACAGGAGCGGUCUCAAGUCUCCCUGAUGGGUCAAAGGAUUCAUCGUCCUCAAGCAAUCUAGGAGCUAUUCUCGGAGGCGUGUUCGGAGGCCUACUCGUGAUAGCACUCUCCGGCUUAAUUUAUCUGUACUUGAAGCGCAAAGAGGAUAGAGUCCGGUAUGGGCCCCCUUCGAACCAGCAGAGCGCGGGAAGCUCGGAAAAGGCCGACGAACCAGCGUCUACAUUGCAGUCCCAAUAUUCGAACGGCCCUGCGUCAAUGAACCCACAGCAUGUCCAAUUUCUGCGCGAUCCUCAGGAUACUUCAAGCUUUGCCCAGGGGCCACCCGGUCAAGUCAUCUUUUCUUCGCCUAUCGACUCAGAGCUGGAAUAUUGUGUGAGUCGUAAGGAGGCCAUACCCUCUCCUAUGUUCUCGUCGGCGCUUGGCACCGCACAGCCGCCAACACCGAUUGUUUACGUCCCGCAGACAUCAUACAUACCCGUGACAGCCACUGGGGCCCCUCUUGGUGUUUUCCCUCCGGCCCCAUACACGCCAACUCAGGACUCAUCCAUGAUGGCUCCGAACAGCGAUAUCUACCGUGUUCAUAGUAUUCCCCCGAUGACUGCAGCGACGCAUAAUUCUAAUCACUUUGCUGGCAUUAUCUCGCCAGUACCAACCCAAGCAUUCAAUGGUUACAGUGCGCCACUCUACGCUGCGACUGAUCCGACGCCUUUCUCUAACGGUACGGGCUACAGUUCCAAUUACUACAGUGCUCCAGUGGCCAGUGCAAUUCCACCUACGAUCAUCAACGCAUCACAACAGGUCUAUCACCCGGACAAUAUAAGAUACCCCAUUCCAACCAACUCAGCCCACGACGCGUCUGCCGGAGGCAGCGAUAGCAUUGAUACCACGAUUCAACCAACGUCUGGGAUGACGGUCAGUAGUAACGGCAGCAACUUGUGAUUGCAAGGUCCCCCCAGCCUGGCAACACUGCCACAAAGAUCUGCGCAGCAAAACAGCCUGUAGUAUGGUGCCACUGUGUCUAGAUCCUUCUCCGCGGAUCGGGAUAGGGUUUCGGUAGUCAAUGUCACUCCACCAACGCAAUAAGAGCAGAUAGAGAAUAAAGCGACAUACAUGAUAAUUUGACUGCGCGUGAGAGAUACGAAAAAGCAGCAAUAAGGCUUACGUAUUUGCGCGGCACAGUUUACUAUGAUCCUCUGAUAGUGAAAACAGAGGAAACGCGCGAGGUGAAAGGUUA